GGGCAUAAUUCACUGAGUACGAGUGAGGAACGAAAGAGUGAUAUAUCUGCUGCCAAUUGCUGAUAAUUUGCUGACUUGAGAUAGGUAUAUUCAGUAUUUGAACGUUGAUUGUGACAAUUUGCUUACUUCAUUCAUAUUUGCUGUGACUGAACUUUCGUUGUGAUUGACACGUCUUCGGCUGAAAUUUACAAAUCGUCUGCUACGAAAAUGCCGGGAAAAGCUUCAGCCAUCGGGAUAGAUUUGGGAACGACGUAUUCCUGCGUCGGUGUCUUCCAACACGGGAAGGUGGAGAUCAUCGCGAACGACCAAGGCAACAGGAUCACACCGAGUUAUGUCGCAUUCACGGACAGCGAGAGACUCAUUGGAGACGCGGCGAAAAAUCAAGUCGCCAUGAACCCAAGGAAUACGAUUUUCGACGCCAAACGAUUAAUUGGACGAAAAUUCACGGACGAAUCUGUGCAGUCUGACAUGAAACAUUGGCCGUUUAAAGUUAUGAGUGAUGCGAAUAAGCCAAAGAUUCAGGUGGAGUACAAGGGCGAAUUGAAGACAUUCGGUGCGGAGGAGGUCAGCUCGAUGGUCCUGACCAAAAUGAAGGAGACGGCUGAAAGUUACCUCGGACAAAAUGUCACCGACGCUGUUAUCACUGUCCCCGCAUAUUUCAAUGACGCCCAGCGAAUGGCGACGAAAGAUGCGGGGAUUAUCGCCGGAUUAAACGUCUUGAGGGUUAUCAAUGAGCCCACCGCAGCAGCUUUAGCGUACGGACUUGACAAAGGUUUGAAAGGUGAGAAGAACGUCUUGAUUUUUGAUUUGGGAGGCGGGACAUUUGAUGUCUCCAUCUUGACUGUAGAUGAAGGAUCUUUGUUCGAGGUGAGGUCCACCGCCGGGGACACCCAUCUCGGAGGAGAGGACUUUGACAACAAGCUAGUUGAUCACUUCGUCCAGGAAUUCAAACGAAAAUACAAAAAGGACAUCUCAGGGAACGCCAGGGCCUUGCGUCGUCUGCGGACAGCUUGUGAGAGGGCGAAACGCGCACUAAGCAGCAACGCAGACGCUGGGAUUGAAAUAGACUCGUUGUACGAAGGAGUGGAUUUCUACACCAAGAUUAGCCGAGCCAGGUUUGAAGAACUUUGUGGUGACUUGUUUAGAAAGACUCUAGAACCUGUGGAGCGGGCUUUACGGGACGCACGAAUGGACAAGAAUAUGAUCAGUGAAAUCGUUCUUGUGGGAGGCUCGACCAGGAUACCGAAGAUCCAGAAGCUUCUGCAGGAUUUCAUGGGAGGCAGGAAUCUAAAUAAAUCCAUCAACCCAGAUGAAGCUGUCGCUUACGGUGCUGCCGUCCAGGCGGCUAUCUUAACCGGGAGCAAGGAUGAUGCAAUCAAGGAUGUCCUGCUGGUGGAUGUUGCACCUUUGUCUAUGGGCAUCGAGACGGCAGGAGGCGUCAUGACGAAACUAGUCGAAAGGAACACCAGGAUUCCGACUAAGACUAGCAACACUUUUACGACGUACGCGGACAACCAACCUGCUGUCACAAUCCAAGUCUUCGAGGGAGAGCGUGCUAUGACGAAAGACAACAACCUCUUAGGGACUUUCGACUUAACGGGGAUACCCCCAGCACCACGGGGUGUCCCGAAAGUCGAAGUCACGUUUGAUAUAGACGCUAACGGGAUUCUGAACGUGUCGGCUAAGGACGCCAGUACGGGUAAGAGUAACGCUAUCACAAUCACGAACGACAAGAGUAGGCUGUCUAAGGAGGACAUUGACAAGAUGGUGGCAGACGCGGAGAAAUACCGCGACGAGGACAAUAAACAAAGAGACAGAAUCACAGCUAGGAACAGCCUAGAAUCAUUCGUGUUUAAUUAUAAACAAGCCGUGGCUGAUGACGGUGGGAAACUGUCAUCCAACGACAGGGACAAGGUUACCAAGAAGUGCGAUGACGUCAGUGAAUGGCUUGACAACAAUAGUUUGGCUGAGAAGGAGGAGUAUGAGCAUCAACUGAAGGAGUUGCAUGCCGUCUGCUCGCCUAUCAUGAGUAAUAUUCACGGGGGAGGUCCAGGGGGUCCGCAGAAGCAUGAUCACAAUCAGAAUCAAACUGGUCCAUCUGUGGAGGAACUUGAUUAACUCAAAAACUUGUCAAUUACUAAUUGCUGACGUCAAAUCACUUUUUGGUUAUUUAUAGACAAUUUGAUUCGCAGAAGGAAAUAUCUCUACCUCUUUUACUCUUGUUGACAACAAUGAAAGGCACGCUUCACAAGUUGAUUUCAAUUUUCAAUGCUUUCGUUAAAAAAAUCACCUACUAUGCCAUAUUUGUAUUCAGCUGCAUGGAUUAUCGUUAUCGGUUCGUUUUGAACUGAUCUUCUGUCACUGAGAAAUAAAUCAACUAGUGGAGUAUGCCUUAAGGGCUUUUUCCGUUGCUUUUUAACUAUUUGAUGCAGGUUGUAUUGUGUUAUUUGAAAUUGAAUAGCAAUUCAUCAUGUCAAUGUAAUAUGCCUCAAGACGCCUGGGGCAAUCUAGAUCUUUCUGAUUCGAAUAUUCUCUGAAUGUACAACUGAGCCAGAGAAAUGUCUGGUGAUGAAGGCUAGUUGCAUUCAAUCUAUUCUUGUACAACAAUUGAACUGGUAAGCUUGGAAAAUGAGAAUUAUGCAAUCUUUAUUAAGAGGUAUGUUGCUUUUUUUAGACUGAGAGUAGGCGUAUGUACGAAAUGUACAAAUGUGUGCGUUUAAACAGAAGAGAAGUCGAAGAUGUAUAGACUUUACAUGUAUAAGCAGUAUAGCUUUUAUAUCUUUUUGAUAACUCCAUGCUCAAAAUAAAACUGGAUGAAGAGAAGGUGA